AUGCUGUCUUUCAACGUUAUUCGUGCGUUUGCACUCUUUGCUGCUGCUGCGAAUGCAGGCCCUUGCCGCCCAACAACCACUUCACUGGACACCACCACCGAAGUCACUUCUACUGCAACUGCCAUUGAUAGCACCACCGAGAUUUCAUUUACGGUUAUCGAGAGCAGCAUAGAGACUGGCACAACCACCAUCGUCAUCAUUGAAGAACCCACCACUACCACGGCCGUCAUUGAGGAAUCUACCACUACCGAGGCUGCAAGCACCACCACCGCCGCUGCCGGGCCUGAGGACCUUUCUUGUCAGAUAGAUGUCGACUGUUUUGCCUACCCCAGAUCAUGUGUCUCCGAUGGGUCAAACAUCUGCCUUUGCAUCGACGCCGUUUGCACUAGCCCGGUUAUCAUCAGUGCAUCUACCACUACCGAGGCCGCAAGCACCACCACUACCGCAGCCGCCGGGAAUGAGAUUGUUGCUUGUAGUACAAGUGACGAUUGUCUCAGCGACGCCGAGUUGUGCUUUGAUGGUUUGUUGAACCUCUGCUUUUGCCUCAACGGCGGUUGCAUCAGGGUAGAAUGA